GUUUGUGUUCUGAACAGCCAAUGGUGGGGUAUACAGCUGACCAAUACAAACACGUUAUGCUUCCUUAGUCCCGCAUUUUUUUUAAUUGGCUUUGAUACUGACCAAUGAAAUGAAAGCAAGUUAAGACGGUAGAUCUUGGAGUCAGUGUCGUGCCGGGGUUCGAACAGUGCGAAGUGAAGAUGGCGGUACUGGCGCCUUUGCUGGCUCUGAUUUACUCAGUACCUGGGAUCUGCCGUUGGCUGGCUCAGCCCUAUUAUCCGCUAUCUGUUCUUCUCUCAGUCGCUUUCCUGCUGGUGCGGAAGGUGCCGCCGUUCUGUCAUGGGUUGCCCACCCAGCGGGAAGACGGAAACCCCUGCGACUUCGACUGGCGAGAAGUGGAGAUCCUUAUGUUUCUAAGCGCCAUUGUGAUGAUGAAGAACCGCAGAUCCAUUACUGUGGACCAACAUGUCGGAAAUAUCUUCAUGUUCAGCAAAGUCGCCAAUGUCAUCCUUUUCUUCCGCCUUGACAUCCGGAUGGGACUGCUGUAUCUCACUCUCUGCAUAGUGUUCCUGAUGACUUGUAAGCCACCUAUAUACCUGGGUCCUGAAUACAUCAAGUAUUUCAGUGAUAAAACCAUAGAUGAAGAACUAGCACGGGAUAAGCGAGUAACCUGGAUUGUUGAAUUCUUUGCUAACUGGUCUAAUGAAUGCCAGUCAUUUGCUCCCAUUUAUGCUGACUUGUCUCUCAAGUACAACUGCACUGGGCUGUGUUUUGGAAAGGUGGAUGUGGGCCGCUACCCUGAUGUUGCUACCAGGUACAAAGUCAGCACCUCUCCUCUUACCAAGCAGUUGCCCAGCCUAAUCCUUUUUCAGGGAGGGAAGGAGGUGAUGCGCCGGCCACAGAUUGAUAAAAAGGGACGAGCAGUCUCAUGGAACUUUUCUGAGGAGAAUGUGAUUCGGGAAUUCAGCUUGAAUGAGCUGUACCAGAGAGCCAAGAAAACAUCCAAACAGAGUGAAGAGAUCUCUGAGGAGCAACCUGCUGCUACUGAGCUCCUCAACAGAGAGACUAAAAAAGAUAAAUAGAACCCAUUGGACUGGACUGUGCUCCCUUGCCAUUUAGUUUCCCAUUCUUCAUUUCCAUCUUAAUCCCUGUCAUGAGUCACUGGGCAACUGCCUCUAUCCAGGAGUGCAGGGAAAAGAAUGAGGCUCCGUGCCAAUUCUGUUUGCUGCUUCUCUACUUGUGUCCCUUUCACCUGUGAUGUUUUGUUUUGUUUCCUGAUUUUUUCCUCAGGAUGAUCUGGGGCAUAUUUUGAGGAGCAGAUUAGAAUAGUUAAGAUGCAGUAUCUCACCUGUCAUGGGAAUCAGAUUAUGUUUUGGGGCUUCAGGAUGAUUAGUUGAAAGAUUUUGCAAAUGAAUAGAGGCAUUUUAAAGAAGCAAUACUCUGUUGGUGGGGGGGGGGGGGUGCCGAAAAAGGGCCCCUUCUGUUCACCAAUGUUGUUAAGAGCUUCCAAAUAUUGUCCAUUUCAACAAAUACUUCUGUCAAAACUGACAGUUCAUGCCUAUUGACUUGCUCUUCUCCAGGGUGAUCUCUUUGGCUGAAGAAAUACUGAGAAAUUUUGUCAAUGGUAGGUUUCUACUACUCACUGUCCUCCAUGACAGGAAGAGUAGAAAUCCUGAUUUCGUUUUUUUCCCAUCAUUUGGGAUUUAAAUCCUUGAGUGCUGGAUGUGGAAUGUUAGCUGAGCCUGAACAUGCUGCUAUGCCAGAGACUAAGUAGCUGCCAAGUCUUAAAGGACCUCCUCUUCUCUGUAUCAUCUGGUCGGUCAGGGAUGUCCUCUACAGGUAGCUGCUUCUUCUGCCUCUAGUAUACAAUUGUGAUUUAUAGGGAUGUGGCUAAUUUUAUUUCACUGUUAACAUGGGAAGUUUAGUGUUUGUUUUUAUCAUGCUCACAUUUCAGUCUUCUGGUUCUAUUAAUGAUCUUCUAUAUGUGCCUCUAAUAAAUUGGGAAUGUUGUUUA